AUGGCGGCGCCGUACGCUGCAGAGGCGGGCGAGAGCGGCGGCUCCGGCGGCCCGACAGCCGCUGCUGCUGCUGCUGCUGCUGCUGCUGCUGCGGGGGCGCCUGCUGCAGCAGCAGCAGCAGCAGCUGCGCAGCUGCUUUCGCCGGCCAACCUCGCCGCAGCAGCCAGGUGUCUGUACACCCGAAUCGACUCCUUCUCCGGAGAGUUCAAGUUCCUUUCUUUGGACUUUCCUUCCAUCAUUUAUUUUCAAGGAAGGUUUUUUGCUUCUGCGCGCCACGCGCUGCUGGCAGCAAAACACCCUGCUGCAGUCGAAACCCUCGCCAACGUCCCCGACACCAAAACCCUCAAGCAGCUCGCCAAAACCAAACAGGAAGACCCCGACUGGCCGCGCUACCGCCUAAAAUGGAUGGAGCUGAUUCAGAGAGACAAGUUUCGAAGGAAUCCAGAGCUGCGGGAAAAGCUGAAGCAGACGGGGGGCAGGGAGCUCGUUUGGCUAAACACUGGAGAUGCUUUCUUUGGGCAAACAAGUCACUCGAGAGGACAAAACCAUUUGGGGAGAAUUUUAAUGGAAAUAAGACAAAACAUUCUCGAAGACACGGAGCUCGAGUGGAAGCUGGCAGACAACGACUUGGUAGCGCUAAACCCUUCUGUCUCCAGGCGCCAUGCAGCUUUGGUGGUUUUGAAAGGGGGACAUGUCCUUUUGAUUGACUUGAAGAGCAAAGCAAAGACGUUCAAGAACGGCAUGCCUCUAGACCACGACCACGUGGGCGUGCAGAUGCAAACCAACGACAGCUUCAGUUUGGGCGCGUCUAGCCGUCACUACCUCCUUGAGAUCGACACCACUUCCGUGGUGGAUUACCUCCAGCGGCGCGGCAGAGAGCUGAACAGAGAAAUUAAUUUAUUAAAUGAUCAAGUCAGCGAAGCAGCAGGAAUGUCGACUAAGAGUCUCACUAAGGUGUUUGUGGGGGGCCUCGCCUACAGCACCAGCCGCUACGACUUGUGUGAACUUUUCGCGGAAGUGGGAAAUAUAAAAUCUAUUAUUAUUCCCCAAGUCGACAGAUCCAUUCCCCCAGACUAUGAAGGAGCUUAUUCCGUGAGGGGAAUUGCCUUCGUCGAAUUCGGAGAUGCCGAGACAGCCAAAAAAGCCCUCCAGUGUGACGGCCGUCUUGUCAAUGGGCGAACUGUGGCGGUGACCCCGGCGAAUUUGACGCGAGAGGAAAGAGCAGCAAAAGAAGAACUUAUGGCUGAGGGGGAAAUGAACUUUGUUGCUGCAACGGAGAAGACAUUUGAGCACCCGACGCACGGGUCUUUGCGGACAGGCCACGGGCUGGAGGACUCUGGUGCUGCUGCUGGGGGUGCUGCUGCUGCUGCUGCUGCUGCGCUGCUGCAGCAAGCCGACCCCCUCACCGGAGAACCCCGCGGCAGCAAAGCAAGGGGACACUGGGGCCACGACGACAGAGCAGCAGAGCAGCAAGGAAGGAGACAGUUUACAAACGCUGAAAUGCGGCGGCUGCAGGGGGACUGGCAGCAGCAGCAGCAGCAGCAGCAGCAGCAGCACGGCGGCGGCUUGCGCUCCGAGGCCGAGGGCGCCCGCGAGGCGCGCUUCGCCGCUGCUGCUGCUGCUGCCAGCAGCAGCAGCAGCAGCAGGAACAUGUACACUGGGGAGUGGGGCCCCACAGAAAAUGACAAAAAGGAGAGACACAGGAGAAGCCGCAGCAGAAGCAACGAAAGAAGGAGACACAAAAGCAGCAAAAGAGACAGGGACUAG